GCUCCGCUCCGGCCGGAAGUGGAGCUCGCGCGGCCGGCGGGACGAUGCGGCUCGCGGGGUUUCUCCUCCUCGCGGCGCUCGGUUUGGCCCAGAGGCAAGUUUGUCCUGGGACAGACAUGAAGCUGGAGUUGUCGUUCAGUUUAGAGAACCAUUACUACACACUGCGCAAACAGUAUGAGAACUGCCAUGAGGUACAGGGCAACCUAGAGAUCACUCACCUUACAGGGAACCUCAACCUAUCCUUCCUACAGAAUAUUCAAGAAGUCCAAGGUUAUGUUUUAAUAGCACACAAUGCAGUCGACUACAUUCCUCUGGAAAACCUACGCAUCAUACGAGGAAGCCAGUUGUAUGAGGGUCAGUUUGCACUGACUGUCCUGUCUAACUUUAAUUCAACUGGUGCUGGUCUCCGAGAGCUUCGUAUGAGAAGUCUAACAGAAAUCCUGGUGGGGAAUAUUCAGAUCAGCGAUAAUCCUUGGCUCUGUUACCAAGAGACCAUCCAGUGGGAUGACAUUCAGGACAAGAACAACAUGUUUCCUUUUGUAGGAUCAGUGGACUCAAACCGGACAGCGCAGUGUGAUAGUUGUAGUCCUGCCUGUGAAUCAGGAUCAUGCUGGGGAUCAGGUCCUAAAUAUUGCCAGAUAUUGACUCGGAAGAUUUGUGCCCGCGAGUGUCUGUCUCGAUGUAGAGGACGAGACCCGACUGAUUGCUGCCACAGCCAGUGUGCUGCGGGCUGCAUUGGACCAAAAGACACUGACUGCCUGGCCUGUCACUAUUUCAGCAAUGGUGGAACAUGUCGGGGGGACUGUCCGCCGCUCAAUAUUUACACACCUCAUGCAUACUAUCUGAAGCCAAAUCCUGAAGGAAGAUACAUCUUUGGAGCCAGCUGUGUCAAAAAGUGCCCACAUAAUUAUUUAGCGACCAAUGUGGGCUCAUGCACUCUGAACUGUCCAAACAACACCAGGGAACUGAACAGGGGGGGUGAACAUAAAUGCGAAAGGUGCAAUACCCCCUGUCCCAAAGUGUGUAAUGGUUUGGGUGUAAACAGUCUGAAGGGAGUGCGGGCUGUGAACUCAAACAACAUUGAUUCCUUCACUGGCUGCAGCAAGAUCUUUGGAAGCUUGGUGUUUCUUACUGAGACCUUCUCUGGUGACCCAGCUACAAAGACUCCCCCUCUGGAUCCAAGGAAGCUUCAGGUCUUUGCUCCUUUGACAGAGAUCACUGGGUAUUUAUAUAUCGAGGCAUGGCCACAGAAUUUUACUGACCUCAACGUAUUUGAGAACCUUGCUGUAAUCCGAGCGCGAGUGCUAUACAGAGGUGCUUAUGCAUUGUUGGUGCAGAAUCUCCAGAUACAGUCCCUGGGUUUGCGCUCUCUGAAAGAAAUUAGUAACGGGCUGGUGUUCGUUCACCAAAACCCGAACCUCUGCUAUGUCAACUCUAUCCCCUGGAACCAGCUAUUUAAGGAGGAGCAUCAAGAGGCAUUGAUAACGGCCAACAAACCACAGGAUAUCUGUAAAGCUGAAGAGCGCACUUGUCACAGCUUGUGUACAAACAGCACCUGUUGGGGCCCAGGACCAACAAACUGCAUCUCCUGUAAAACGUUCUUUCGAGGCCGGGAAUGUGUGGAAUCAUGCAAUUUAUAUGAGGGGAUGGUGAGAGAGUAUUUGAGUGAGUCGUCCUGUAUUCGGUGUCACAAGGAAUGUCUCCCACAGAUCAGAAACCUGACCUGUAGAGGAAUGGGGGCUGAUGACUGUGUGGAAUGCGCUCAUUAUAGGGACGGUACACAGUGCGUGGAGAAAUGUCCAAGUGGGUUACACGGGCAUGUUUGGAAAUAUGCUGAUGAAAAUGGCUUCUGUCAACUGUGUCCAACAAACUGCAGUCAUUCAUGUACAACUGGUGAAGAUGGAUGUCCUGAGGAGCCUGUUCACAGCCAGGUGACCUCAGUGGUGGCAGGGAUAGUGGGAGCACUACUCUUUGUAGUCCUUGUGAUUCUUCUUGUUGUCUGGUUCAAACGCAAGAAACGACUGAAGCGGAAACAUACAAUGCUGAGACUCCUGGAAAGAGAGCUGGUUGAACCAUUGACUCCAAGUGGAGUUGUUCCAAACCAGGCCCAUAUCCGAAUCCUGAAGGAAACUGAAAUGAAGAAAGUGAAGAUUCUGGGAUCUGGUGCCUUUGGGACAGUUUACAAGGGAGUCUGGAUGCCGGAGGAUGAAGAUGUGAAGAUUCCUGUUGCUAUUAAGGUUUUAAGAGAGGGAACUUCUCCAAAAGCAAACAAAGAUAUCCUGGAUGAGGCAUACAUAAUGGCGGGAGUGAGUAGUCCUUACGUCUGUCGUCUGCUUGGAAUCUGCCUGACAUCCACUGUUCAGCUGGUGACACAGCUGAUGCCAUUUGGUUCCCUACUGGAUUAUGUUCGAGAAAACAAGGACCGGAUUGGAUCUCAGCAUCUCCUCAACUGGUGUGUGCAGAUCGCAAAGGGAAUGAACUAUCUGGAAGAUCAUGUUCGAUUGGUCCAUCGUGAUCUGGCUGCAAGGAAUGUCCUUGUGAAAAGCUCAAACCAUGUGAAGAUCACAGACUUUGGGCUUGCUAGGCUGCUGGAUAUUGAUGAGACAGAAUAUCGUGCAGAUGGCGGGAAGGUUCCAAUCAAAUGGAUGGCGUUGGAGUCCAUUUUGCACCGAAAAUUCACCCACCAAAGUGACGUCUGGAGUUACGGAGUAACGGUCUGGGAGUUGAUGACAUUUGGAGCUAAACCAUAUGAUGGUAUCCCGGCUCGUGAGAUCCCUGACCUGCUGGAAAAGGGAGAGCGACUCCCACAGCCCCCGAUCUGCACCAUUGAUGUCUACAUGAUCAUGGUUAAAUGCUGGAUGAUUGACUCGGAAUGUCGACCCAAGUUCCGGGAAUUGGUGACAGAGUUUACAAAGAUGGCUCGAGACCCCCCCCGAUAUGUGGUAAUCCAAGGUGAUGAGCAGAUGGUCCUUCAAAGCCCCACCGACAGCAAGUUCUACCGAACUCUGCUGGAAGAUGAGGACAUGCAGGACCUGAUCGACGCUGAAGAGUAUCUGGUACCACAUCAGGGGUUUUUCACCACUCAGCCCCGCACUCAUUGCAGGAGCAGAAUGUCAUCUUCCAGAAGUGCGACAAGUGUGGCAGAGGUGGAAGGUCAGGGGUCAGAGGCUGCACAGAGUUCUGGCCUGGUGUCUGGUGCUUCACAACCCGCUGAUGCCUGUGUGGAUACUUACGCUGAGGCUGAGGGCUCAGGAUGUAGAGGAUUGCCCUGCUGUCCUGCCAGAGAGGACAAUGUCACACAGCGAUACAGCUCCGAUCCCACAGUGCAUCUGACCGACGAGGGAGAAGAUGAGGUGGAUAGUGGGACGGAGGGUGCAUCUGAUGAGAUCUGGGUCUACUACAUAAACCAGGCAGAUGAAACUUUAUCUCCCAGCCAAGCUCUGGCUCGUGGUAAUGGCAGGAAUGGGUCCCUAAUCCCAAAAGGUUUGUUCAGAAACACCGUGGAAAAUCCUGAAUAUCUAAGUCAACCGAGUCUGUCUGGGAACAAGGACCUGCCAUUUGAUCAUCCUGAUUAUUGGGCACCGGAUCUCCAGAGCAGGUUGCGCUCUGGGAAUUCUCCUUGCCUGAUCCCUGCUACCCCGACACUAACACAACCCAACGGAUACAUCCGGGUUGCAACAGCAGAGAAUGCUGAAUAUCUUGGCCUGGCAGAGGCUAGCAGUGUAUAGAGGAAUCUGGCAGCUUUGGUAUAACCAGCUGUCUCACUGCCAGAAGACUGAACUGACAUCAGAACCUAAGCGUACUGAAAGCAGAAGGACACAUCUCUCGUGUCCAACAGCAUUCAUUUGGGGGUGUGGGAGCAGUCUCGUACACACUUACUCUUAUUGGGGUAAACACACUGACUUCGUGGAGUACAGGCUCCCCCACACACACUGACUCUUACUGGGGUACAAUCCCAUACAUGCACUGACUCUUACUGGGAUACAAUCCUAUA